GAAAAAAACGACCCUUAAAGGACCAAAACAGAGAACACAACGAAGAAGAAAAAGGACCAAAGGCGACGAAAACACUAUCAAUCCCGACGAUACAAUUUCGGUGGCUAAUAACCAACAGCAACCAAAGUAAGAAAUGGCGGGGCCAGACCAAGCCGCAAAGCAGUCGUCGGAGGUGCUGCAGCAGAGGAGCGGGCUGCCGAAGUGUCCCGUGAGGAUGGCCGUCGUCGGGGCGGUCAUCGCCGCCGGGCUCGGCUACACGGUGCUGUUCGCGAACAAGAAGCCCGAGGCGACGGCUCUCGACGUCGCUAAAGUUGCCACCGGCGGCAACCCUCCUUCCGCCACCAAAUAUUAACUAAAUUUACUAGCCGCGUUUUUUGAACCCCAUCCAUUUGCGUUUGUUUGUCUCCUUUCCUUUGUGACAUUUCCACUUCACUAGUAAUCAAUAAAAUUUUUGUGGCUUGAGAUCUUUUUAAUUUGUAUAUUGUGUUUCAUAAUAUUGCGAUUUGGAUAUACAACCGUACUUUAAUAUCGAAUUGUCGAAAGUAAGGAACACGUUUGAUUCAUAUGAUUUUUUAUUGAUUCGACGUGACCAAUCUGACUCAGAUGGAGAGCAAUCUCAAGUUUUGUUACUACACUUCGAUGCUUAAAAUGUUGCGUUAAUCAUCCAGUUCAAAAACGUAUACCCAACAUGAUGAAUAAGGUUUCGUCUAACGAAAAAACUAUAAAAUAAUCAUAAAAAG